AUGGCGAUAGGCAACGAAUCAAAGGUCGACAAGGCCGGCUCGACAAGUUCCGCAGACAAGAAGCACCCCGAGCUCUAUGACCCGGAGAACACUGCCAAUGUCAUCUACGGCCCUGGCGGCCGUCCCAUGCGACGCAUUGAUGGCCCCAACCGUCGUGACAUGAACAUUGUCCAGGACGACAGCAGCGAUGAAUUCACCGUUGGAAGGCAGAUCGCCAUGGAGGCCGACAAUGCCAUCCAAUACCGCACUUGCAGCUGGCCCAAGACUGCCGCCCUUCUCUUCUCCGAGUAUAUCUGCCUGGCCAUCAUGUCGUUCCCUUGGUCUUACUCCGUCCUCGGUCUCGUCCCUGGUUUGAUUUUGACUGUGGUGGUCGCUGGUAUGGUCCUGUACACGUCCCUGAUCCUCUGGGAGUUCUGUCUCCGCCACCCGGAAAUUCGAGACGUCUGCGAUCUGGGCCAGAUGAUCUUCUGGAACAACAAGGCGGCUUUCUGGUUCACGGCCGUCAUGUUCAUCCUAAACAACACCUUCAUCAUGGGACUUCACUGCCUCGUCGGCGCAAAGUACCUCAACACCAUGACCGGCCACUCCAUGUGCACCAUCGGCUUCUCCAUCAUCGUGGCCGUGAUCUCGUUUGUUGCUUCUUUGCCGAGAACCUUCUCGACAUUGUCCAAGGCUGCCACCGCUUCGGCUCUAUUCACCUUCAUUUCCGUCUUGUUGGCGACCAUCUUCUCCGCCAUCGAGCCGCAUCCCAAGGGUUACCCCGAGCUCGGCGAGCCUACGGUGUUGGCCAUCCCUCUCGCAGGCACGAAGUUCUACGCCGGCGUGAACGCCUUCAUGAACAUCUCCUACACCUUCAUCGGCCAGAUCACGCUCCCCAGUUUCAUCGCGGAGAUGAAGGAGCCCCGCGACUUCCCCAAGGCGCUCUGGGCCGUCACCAUCUGCGAGAUCGUCGUCUUCAGCUUAGUCGGCGCCAUCGUGUACGCCUACACCGGCAACGAAUACAUGACCGCGCCAGCCUUCGGCUCCAUCGGCAACGAAGUCUACCGAAAAGUCGCCUUCUCCUUCAUGAUCCCGACCAUCAUCUUCCUCGGCGUGCUCUACGCCUCCGUGUCCGCGCGCUUCAUCUUCUUCCGCCUGUUCACGGGAACCCGCCACAUGGGCAGCCACACCGUCGUCGGCUGGGCCGCGUGGGCCGGAAUCCUGGCCGCCCUCUGGGUCCUCGCGUUCAUCAUCGCCGAGGUGAUCCCCUUCUUCUCCGACCUGCUCUCCCUGAUGAGCGGCCUCUUCGACUCCUUCUUCGGCUUCAUCUUCUGGGGCGUGAGCUACCUCCGCAUGCGGCAGGCCGACUACGGCCCGCGCUUCUGGAAGGUCCGCGGGUGGAGGGGCUGGGUCGGCUUCAUCGUCAACAUUGCGCUCAUCAUCGUCGGUCUCUUCUUCCUUGGCCCUGGAACAUACGCUGCUGUGCAAUCAAUCGUCGACGGCUACGCGGCGGCCAACUUCGGAGGUCCCUUCUCGUGCGACGACAAUGGCUUGUAA